AAAGAUCUUAAAGCGGAGGGAUAUCAGUUCCUAUAUAAAAAGAAAGCAGUAUUACAAAUUAUAGACGUGGCUAGCAGGUUUAAAGCGAGUAUUCCUCUCAUAUCGAAGAAAAGUUCAGAGGUUGCUAAAGCAUUCAGAAAAAUUUAUGAUAAUCCUAAUAACCCUCUUACAUACUCGACACUUUUACAAUAUGAUAAUGGUAAAGAAUAG